UCAAGGCUCUUCUUUGUCUCAUAGACGGAAAGAGUAAGACUUCAAAUGUAGAUCUUUGGGUCUGGCUCUCGGCACGGAUGCGCGCCGACCUUGUUUCCAGCGGAGGAUUUUGCGCACUGAAGUAAAGCUGAAGAGAGUGCACAGCUAGCGGACAGUUGUGUGACUGGCUGCAGUCCUGUCACUUGGCUGUACUUUACUGCGAGCAUCUACAUCUUAUUACUAACAUUACUCCGGAUUAAGUAGGGGAAACAGUCCACCAUUUAUCUCGGCAACAUAGAGGAAUGUUGUUUCAGCUCAGCCGUUGAAUGUAGACCUUGUAUGUAGAUAAAUCCAAGAGAACAUUCACUCAACAUCCUCAGACAAGGAGGCGUUUUGAGAGGAUUUUAGGACACUUUUCUGAAAGUGGAUUGAACAAGGAUGAUUCAAGCCGCCUUGCCCAACUAAGCGAGAUCCUGCCUUUGCGAAACGGCGAUCACAGCGAUGUGUCAGUGGCAUGUGCGUCAGUCCCUCUCCAACUCUUCCAGAAAGGAUUUAAGCGCCGCUCAUCUUGAAUAAGUCGAGAAGUCAUUGAAGAUGAGUGCUCUGCAAACAUUCCUGUUUCUGUUCCUCUUGCACCAGGUGACAUGCAGGAAGGCGCGCGGAGGAGCCACAGAGGUCAUCGAGUGGGCAGACAGUCAUAACGAACAGAAGAUUUCUCCCACAGGGGCCAGUCCACGGAUCCUUAACCCUCUGCGUUUGUUUGCCAGGGGCUCCCCUGAGUUCAAGAGCAACAUGAGGGAAAUAACAUAUUUACAGAACAUGGAGGACUUCUGGGACUGGUUAUCUAACCAGACAGAUGUUCAGGGUGCACAGGCCAGAACUAAACGCAGGCCCAUCGUCAAGACUGGCAAGUUCAAAAAGAUGUUCGGGUGGGGGGACUUCCACUCCAACAUUAAGACUGUCAAACUCAACUUGUUGAUCACAGGGAAGAUUGUGGACCACGGAAACGGCACUUUUAGUGUUUACUUUCGUCACAACUCCACGGGCCUGGGGAAUGUGUCAGUCAGCCUGGUGCCACCCUCCAAGGUGGUGGAGUUUGAGAUGGCCCAGCAGUCCACCCUGGAGACCAAAGACACCAAAUCAUUCAACUGUCGCAUUGAGUACGAGAAGACAGACCGCAACAAGAAGACUGCCCUUUGCAGCUUUGACCCAUCCAAGGUGUGCUAUCAGGAGCAGACGCAGAGCCACGUUUCCUGGCUGUGCUCCAAGCCCUUCAAAGUCAUAUGCAUCUAUAUAGCCUUUUACAGUGUAGAUUACAAACUGGUGCAGAAGGUAUGCCCUGACUACAACUACCAUAGUGACACACCUUACUCCUCCACAGGAUAACCUAGCUGUUGUUACUGUAGUGUGCAUCUACCUUUUGUUUUCGCAUUAAAUAAUGUAAAUGUCAACCUUUGAGCUCCUUGUCCCCGAAAUACCUGAGACAUUUUACAGGAGGUGCAAAGUAAAAUGAAACACGCGCUGGAGGAAUUUGGCGUAUUAUUACAAAACUUUUGUAGACACUGCACAAGUACACAGAUCACCAGAGACAGUUAGGUGAGUAGGGACUUGGGGCUGACUUGGGAUUCAGAGCUACCUACCAACCCUGGGUGACUCCUCCCCAUCACAACAGCACAUGUUCUCUGUAAACCACCGGAAUAAUUACUAUGUUGUCCAGAUGUUUUCUCUGAGGCUAGGCUGCAGGCAAGCAAGCUCCCAGCUGGGAGUGCAUGACUGGCUUCUCUGCCAGUGCUGCACUGAUGCCAGUAUUACCAGACAAUUUCCUCACCUCAUUUAAACAGUCAGUUAUGGGAUGAAAUAUGACAAGAUUUUGGAUCAUGUUAAUAAUUAAAAUACCAAGACAUCUGAAUUGUUAUUCAACAGGGCAUAAAAUUAGAUUUUCCGAAUUUGAAUCAUCACUACAUUUUGACUGAUUAAUCAAAAUUAUUUGUUCAUUGCCUUUGAAGUAGAGCUAAUGUCCAUUUGUACCUGUUAACAGAACACAGGACAAUGUCUAUUAUUUCACAUUAGUUUGAUUAAUGUAUAUUUUGUCACUCCAAAUAAUUAAUAUAGCCUUAUUGUACAUCUUUUAUCUCAGUUAUUUUUCUAUUUUAUGGACUGAAAUAAAGUGAAUGGAUUGACUGAAAGUAACUCUGCCCCAGACAUAGAUAAAUAGAUCCAAAAAAUCUAAUCCAAAAGCAGAGUAAGAGCACAAUCAUAAAUCAUUAUGUAUACGUAUGUAAGUACCCAUCCAUGCGUAAUUUGGCUGCUGCCUUUUUGCUCUUUAAAAUGUGUUGGUUUUCUGUUACAAUCAUUAAAAGGUAUGCAUGUGCUAAACUAGCCUGAAAUCCAACAUCUGUGUUUGCAAGAUGCACGUUGAGGCAUCAGCCUGCCAAGUGAGCACCUCAGUGGAUUAAUGUGUCAGGUGAGGCGAGGGGGAAGGAGCGAUAAUUGCAGGACAGGUGGAUUUAGUGAGUCUGGCAGACAAUUAUCAGCACUUUGUCAUGGUCCUGCCACAAGGCCUGACAUUACCUGUCUUUAAUAGGCUUUAAUUAGCCUGGGAAAUUUCAUUUACCUAAAACCAAGAGUGGAGAAAUGAAAAGCGUAAAAAAAAAAAAAGUAUGGAAUCAGUCUGGAAUUUUAAUGAGAAGUGGGACUGCUAAGUUUGAAAAUGUCAGACAUUUCCCAGUUGUACAGAAGGAUUAAACUGACGAACUUCGGCAUGGAUAAAAAUGGAUAACAUCCAGUCUCAUAGUAAAUGGUAUAAUGUGCUUUGACUUAGCGAUCACCAACACGUUUGACAGGUUUUGCUGAAAACCAUCAACACAUUAUACUGUGUUGUUAGCUCAUAUCCAGGGUUUUAGGGUAGACCAUGUGUCACUGACAAAUCACAAGCCAAUUAUUUUUGCCAGUUCCUUUAUUUGCUAUAUCUGGUGUCUGUCACUAUCAGCUGUAAAUGAUCCUGUCAUAUUAUACAUGUACAUAAAGAAAAAACUAAAUGAGUUGAUCUAUGUUGUUUUAGUUUUGCUCCUUCGUGAAAAUGCUGUGUUAACGUGCAAAUCUGAAACUAAACGUGUUUAAUUAUGGCUUCACAGUAAACAAUGUCAAGUUAUUCAAAUUUUUACAGAGAAUUAUGUCAGUGGGUAUAUUGUUCCUUAUUUCUGGUGUUUGUUGAGCAAUUCCAUGUAGAUAAAUGUCACAUUUAUUGCUUAUAAUUAGAGACUUUUGAUUUCCAUUUUUGUAAUCCUUGCAGAUUGUACUUAUUUUCAUUUCCUGCUUGCUUCAUCUUGUUUAAACUGUUUCCCCUGUAGAGCGCUACUGUGUGUAUAGUGUAAGAACAAAAUGUUAAUUUUGAAUUUCCUAAAGGGGUUACUAUUGUUAAAAAGAAACUGUAAGGAUCAAUUUAG